AAGAAGAUGUGGAAGAUCUUCAAAGAGACCGGCAUUUUUGUGGCUGCCUGUCGCCAUGGCUUCAUGCUAUGGAUAAUUGACAUGAUGCACAGUGGAGAGCUAGCCAAGUACCUGCUGGCAAUUAUCAGUAAGAUACUCGAGAAUCUUGGAGAUGACAUCAUGAUUGCGUAUGACAUCGGCUGCACAACAGAGACGACUGUCUCACGCAGUUCACUUGGCCUCAAAUUUUGCCACAAGAGAGCAAAGUUCUGCAUCUCCGCAUUUCAUGCAUACACUCACAAUCAUGUUUGCCAGAUGCACUACCACCCCAACAACAUUGAUGGCAUGGGCAUCAAAGAUGUUGAGUCCCUCGAACGAGGUUUCGGUGGAUCAAAUCAGCUUGCACCAAUCAUUCGGUACAUGUCA